AUGAAGAGUGCUGCCGGAUCAGGUCUACCUCUUCCGCAUGCAAGAUCUUUCGGCAUCCCUCCUUCACCCAAACUGUACUGCCGACUUUCUCGCAGUAGCAUGAAUAUGUCCGAGUUCUCGGCUAUGGUUACAACAAAAUAUUUGGAACUUUUUGUCUUCACUAGUCUACGGAUAGAUGCGGCUCUGAGGGAUUUCUUAUCAAGGGUCGAAUUACGCGGUGAUUCAGCAGAACGUGAACGCCUUUUACGUUUCUUUUCGGCCCGUUACCAUCAAAGCGAUCCGAGUCUUUUCAAGAGUGUCGAUGAAGUACACACGCUUACUUGUGCUCUGCUUCUGCUGAAUUCCGAUUUACACGGUGAAAAUCUGGGAAAGAAGAUGUCUAUACGAGAUUUCAUCAAUAAUAUCGGUCACACAGGUGUACAGUAUAAAAGGGACCUGCUCAAAGCACUUUACAAUAGUAUCAAGGAGAAAGAAAUCGUUCACGCAAGGUACGUUUCAAAUCUGAAUGCAUCUUUAAAUUCCACUUUUCCUUCGAUAUCGAGUUGCGAAAUCUGUUGUGAAUUUGAUCCAGAAUCACAAGUCGAAUAUAAAUGCGGCUAUAUUAUGCGAAAAUGUGUAUAUGAUGCAGAUGGUGCGAAAACUCCAUUCGGUAGGCGUGGUUGGCGUGAAUGGUACGCACGCCUCCGCGGACUAGCCCUUUACCUUGGUAGAGAUGACAGCGAUAAAAAACGAAGCAGAUAUGAGAUGUUCAACAAUGCGAUCUUACUUCAUCAUGCUUUUGCGGAACCAGCUCCAGAUUACAAAAAGAAACAGUACAUAUUCCGAUUGAGAACGGCGGAUCUGGGGGAAUUCUUAUUCCAGACCACUAGCGUUGCCGAAGUCGAAGAUUGGGUCAAUCAGAUCAAUUUCGUUUGUGCCCGGUUCUCUUCAAGAGCCCUGCCGCCUCCAGCUUGUUCAAACGGCACUUUUUCGAGGAUCCGUCUACCGAAGCUGCCCAGUUCGGCUCCACUGGCCCAACAACUCAAGGCACAUGAAUCGGCUGCUUGUGAACUUCGAGAGCAGCUAGCUCGUGUUCGACAGGAGGCACCCCCUCUGAAAGCAAGAGGAAGGCCAGUCGAGGAGUUCUUCUUCAAAGAGCGAUAUCUUACUCAAGAGGUGAGUUUAAAGCGCCACUUUGAGCCCGCAAAACUCUCUGAGCCUGACCCACAGCGUAGUAGAGGACAAUGGAGUGGCCCUUCCACCGGGGUUCUCCCUCUGACAAUACAACAAUCACUGUAUUUCAGAUACAACGCUACGAUACCUACUGUCAGCUGCUACGAUCCCGACUACCCGGUGGCGGCUGUGAGCUGGGCGGUGCUCCAUCUGACUCCACUUCUGGCGUUCAUUCCAAAUCAGACAUUGCCGAAGAGCUUGAUAAAAUGA